AUGAGUGGUGAAGGCAAAUACCAGGAUGGAGAAAUUAAGAAAAGAACAUUGGAGGAGCUGGCACUGCCUGAGCCAGACAAACCAUCUGUGCUGCUGGUGACAGCAGCGCCUACUGCAGUGUCCACCUCGUUGGAACCGGAGGAGCAUGAGGACCUGACUGAGCUUUCUGCACCCACAGCUAAGCGUCCAUGCCAGUGCUGCUGCCAGACGUACUCUGAAAUCCUUAGCUUCCUAGAAAAGCGAUCAGAAGCCGAGCAGCGCCUGCGGGAGGAGGAGAUGGCUCUCCGUCGGGAGGAGCUGGAGAUCCAGAGAAGCAAAAUCGCUUUGGAGCGUGAGCGGCUCGGGGCUGAGAAGAAGGAGCGGGAAAGGCGGUUUGAACUGGAGAGCCAAGAGAGGCAGGUCAUCCUUGACUUGCUCAAGGAGAAAGUUCUUAAAAGUGAGAAGAACUCAGAGUGCUGACCCAUCCUGUCAGAAAAUGACCACAUUUUAGUCUUAUGAUGGAGUGUUGACUGACGUUUCUGACAACCUGUCCUUUUUUGGACUCAUCUUAAACACUAGUGAUUGAGAGAAGAGUUUGUAAAAUUUAUUUUAUUAGGUAAUAGCCCAAUAUUUGGGACAGUGUACAGAGUCACAAUGAAGAAGUGACUACAAAUGUAAACAUUACAUCUUUUCACAGUUGUAACUACAGUCUAGUUGACUAGUGAAAUAUGCUUAGAGUUGCCAGUUAAUUUAAAGUGUUUGCGGUAGAAGUUUAGCUUUAGUGGUCACAAGGUGAAUUACAGCAACAGGUAUUGCUGCACUCAUAAUUUAAUAAUAUAGUAACCAUUUAGAUAGACAGUCUACCAUGUUUCCAUUUGUGAGCAGCAAAGAUUAUGGUAAUGGCUCAUAGGGAUGUGUCUAUAAUGUGACCAGUAGAGGAAAUGUGAACAAAUGUGAACAAAUUCUGAUUUUUAGUCUUAAGAUACACUUGUUUUAAGUGUUGAUAAACUUUUUUCUGUUUUAUUGUGUUAUCCAUGUAUUAUAUGUAACAGAACCUUUAAGUACCUACUUAGUGCCUAAUAACUUUACGACAUAUUUUGCAAGAUACACCAUAUGACCAAAAUUGUAUAUACAUUGUAUAAAACAAAUCUAAGCAAAUUAAA